AUGGCACGAGCUAUGCUGACCAGAACCAGCAGUGGGUACGGGGCCCACAAGCAGAGCGAGCUCUCGCUAUCUCUGCCCCCUAAGGGCCUGAUGGCCCCCCCAAAGCCCAGAGGUUUCACCCUCUUGCUCGUGUACACCGUCUACAUUGUCACACUUGGUCCCCUCCUUUUUGGCUACCAUUUGGGGGAACUCAAUGCUCCUCAAAAGGUCAUCACUUGCCAAGUCGACCAACUCCCUGGAUAUGUCGCCUCCGGCAUUCCUCAGUGCAUUCCCAUGAACCCUUUCCAAUGGGGGAUGGUCCAGUCCAUGUUUACCGUCGGCGGUCUCUUCGGAGCUCUCGUCAGCGGUACUCUCGCCACACGAUUCGGUCGACUGUUUGCCUUGAAAUGGGCAGCUUUCUUCCUGGCCGGCGGACCUGUGGCUGAAGCACUUGCGGGUAAAAUAUGGUUGAUGGCUUUGGGCAGGGCUCUCUCGGGUCUGGGCGCUGGUGCGGCCACGGUCGUCUCUCCCAUCUAUAUUUCCGAGAUAGCACCACCAACGCGCCGUGGCUUCUUCGGAGCUUUCACCCAGGUCCAGAUCAACUCUGGCAUCGUGGUGGCGCAGCUCCUUGGCUUUUUCUUGUCCAAAUCCAACAAAUGGCGCUGGGUGCUGGCCACCGGCGGCUUCAUUGCCGGGGUCAUGUUCUUCGCCCUCAUGCUCACGCCGGAAACCCCCAAAUGGCUUGCAGCCAACAAUCGACCGCGAAUGGCUCGGGGUAUUCUGCAGCGCUUGAGAGGGAAUACCGCAGACAUCCAGGAAGAGAUGGAGGACUGGGAGAUGUCGGGAGAAGCGGAGGAGGAAAGCCUCCUCGCACCUCCAACAGGCCCUCGCCCACGUAAGGAACGAGGCCGAUCUAUCAUUGACGUGAUUAAAAUGCCCAAGUACCGACGACCAUUGGUUGCCGUGACGGGCAUCAUGAUGGCUCAGCAGCUGUGCGGAAUCAACAGCGUUGUCAUGUACAGUGUCGACAUCCUGGGAAGGAUCAUGCCCCAACACGCUGGCCUAGUCACGGUCAUUGUCUCGGCUGUCAAUGUCCUCGCCACAUUAUUAGCAUCACCCUUACCUGACAAGAUUGGCCGGAAACCCUGCCUCCUCAUCUCGAUUAUCGGCAUGGGAUCAGCAUCAGGGAUGCUGUAUGCUGGACUGGCAAAGAACAUUCAAGCCCUCACGAUCGUUGCCGUUGCAAUCUUCGUCGCCAGUUUUGGUAUCGGGCUUGGACCCAUUCCGUUCAUCCUGGCCAGCGAACUUGUCGGCUCUGAAGCCGUUGGAGCUGUCUCCAGCUGUGCACUUGCAGCCAACUGGUUAUCGACAUUCUUGGUGGCGAUGUUCUUCCCGAUUUUGAACAAGGUGCUUCAGAGCAACGUGUGGUGGAUUUUCGUGGGCGUUGCUGUAUUUUGGGCGGUCUUUGUGGUCCUGUUUGUGCCCGAAAGCAGGGGCAAGGCCAACGCGGAUGAAGUGUGGCGGAGGAAGCGCUGGUGCUGA